UCACCUAAACAGAUACAAGGGUUUGCUUUUCCGCUCCAUCGGCCUCUCUUCCUUUCACUUCUCUUCUUUUCUCUCUCGCAGAAGAGAGAGAACCCAGAAGCCGCUCUCUCUAAAAAUCUCUCUAUCUGAUAUCUGUUUCUUCUGAUUCAGCGUCUCGGGCAGCUGAAUCUUCUCGCUUUUCAAGUUCUUAAUCGGGCGGCUGAGAUUGUUUUCCAUUUUCAUCUGAGCGAAAGAUCCGAGGUAUGCAGCAGGGUGAUCAGACGGUGCUGAGCUUGAGACCUGGUGGUGGCCGCCCCGGCAGACUCCUUGGUCCUUCUUCUUCAUCCUCUUCCAAUUCUGCCACUUCUUUCGGUUCUUUUUCCUCCGAUCUUCCCCUCCUCCGUCCCCAUGGCGGCGCUUCUCCUUCUUUCUCUCUGAAGAGUGGAGACUUGAGGUUUGAGGGUCGUGAGCGUGUGCGGUACACCCGUGAUCAGCUGUUGCAGCUUAGAGAGGCUGUUGAAGUCCCUGAUGAUGUUCUAAAGAUCAAACGAGAAAUCGAAGCUGAGUUUUUUGGUGAAGAACAAAAUUGGGGUCGUGGAGAAACCAAUUCCCCUCAGAAUCCUCAGAGCCGUUCUUCUGAGCCAGAUAAUCGUGACUGGCGUGUUCGAUCUGCACAGUUUCCUACCUCUGGAGAGAGCAGGGAAUUUGGUGGCCGAUUUGACUCCAGACUGCAGGAAGACAAUCAAUUUAACCGCCAAGACCAACUCAACUCUCAAUUUGGGAGGGCCCAGAUCUCUUCCAACCAAGGGGGAGGACCUGCUCCUGCUUUAGUCAAGGCUGAGGUGCCAUGGUCAGUAAGAAGGGGAAGUCUUUCUGAGAAGGAUCGGGUCUUGAAGACUGUAAAGGGAAUUUUGAACAAACUUACCCCUGAGAAGUUUGAUCUGCUCAAGGGUCAGCUCAUUGACUCCGGCAUUACAUCAGCUGAUAUCUUGCAGGAGGUUAUUUCGUUAAUAUUUGAGAAAGCUGUGCUGGAACCCACAUUUUGUCCUAUGUAUGCACUUCUGUGUUCUGAUCUUAAUGAAAAGCUUCCACCAUUCCCAUCUAAUGAACCUGGUGGUAGAGAAAUUACGUUCAAGCGAGUCCUCUUGGAUAAUUGCCAGGAGGCUUUUGAAAAUGCUGGCAAAUUGAGGGAAGAAGUGAGGCAGAUGACUGCACCUGAGCAAGAGAUGGAACGGAGGGAUAAAGAGAGAUUGAUCAAACUUCGGACUCUUGGAAACAUCCGUUUAAUUGGAGAGCUCCUGAAGCAGAAGAUGGUACCUGAAAGGAUUGUCCACCACAUUGUUCAGGAGCUUCUAGGACCACCUGGUAGCAAGUCCUGUCCUGCUGAGGAAAAUGUGGAAGCCAUAUGUCAGUUCUUCAACACCAUUGGUAAGCAGCUUGAUGAGGGUGCAAGAUCACGGCGCAUUAAUGACAUAUACUUCAGCCAAUUGAAGGAACUGAGCACAAACCCACAGCUGGUCCCACGCCUGAGGUUCAUGCUUCGUGAUGUUCUUGAUUUGAGAGCAAACAAUUGGGUCCCCAGGCGUGAAGAGGUAAAAGCGAAGACCAUCACUGAAAUACAUUCCGAAGCGGAGAAAAAUCUUGGAUUGCGUCCUGGUGCUACUGCAAGCAUGCGGAAUAGUCGUGGUAUUAUUUCUGGUGCUCAAGGGAAUACCAGCCCUGGGGGUUUCCCCAUAACCCGACCUGGUUCUGGGGGUUUGAUGCCUGGAAUGCCAGGAACCAGGAAGAUGCCUGGGAUGCCUGGAUUUGAUAAUGACAAUUGGGAGGUACCUCGCAACCGUUCAAUGUCGAGGGGUGAUGCUUCAGUUUUGCAGCCUGCUGGACGUGGUCAGUCACCAGUAAUUGGGAAGGCGGCACUGAACACAAGGCUGUUACCUCAGGGUAGUGGCGGCUUUAUAAGUGGGAAGACCAGUGCCCUAUUGCAGGGCAGUGGGCCCCUUCCUGCUCGUCCUCCCAACUUUGGUUUGGGUGCUGAUGAGCCUGCACCCCAGGUCCCUGUACCUGCUAAACCUGUUCCUGCUGCAUCUACACUUCCACUCGCUGAGAAGCCACUGGCUCCAGCUGCAAGGUUGAAUGUGGAUGAUCUUCAGAGAAAAACAAUCUCUCUUCUGGAGGAAUAUUUCAGCAUCCGGCUUUUGGAUGAAGCAUUACAAUGUGUGGAGGAACUAAAGUCUCCAGUGUACCAUCCCGAAGUUGUCAAGGAAGCGAUCUCCCUUGGACUAGAGAAAAGUCCUCCAUGUGUUGAAGCAGUCGCCAAGCUUCUGGAGUAUUUGCUUGCUAGGAAGGUUAUCACAGCUAGAGAUAUAGGGACUGGAUGUUUGCACUAUGGUUUAAUGUUGGAUGAUAUUGGCAUAGACUUACCUAAAGCACCAAAUAAUUUUGGUGAAAUUAUUGGGAAUUUAGUUUUGGCUGGGGGAUUAGAUUUCAAGGUGGUGAAGGAGGUUCUUAAGAAGGUAGAAGAUGAUCGGUUUCAGAAGGCUGUUUUUGAAGCAGCUGUCCGAGUUGUUAGUUCCUCUCCGGCUGGGCGCAGUGUGUUGCACUCACAAGCAUCUGAUAUUGAGGCUUGCCGGAGUUUGUUCCAGUAAGCCUAAUAUAGAACUAGACAUACUUCUGAAUGAGGAGAGCAAUUUGCCCUACAAUAUGUGAUAAGGUGGAGCUGCAAAAGCAGGUAUUUUUAUCAAGUUGUAUAUUUUUUUUUUUUUCCCGAGGUCAUAGCAGUGUGUUGUUGAGGAAAGAAAUCAAACCAUAAAUGCCAUGGAUGUUGUUCUCGAGUUUGGCUAAUCAUGUGCCUCCACAUAGCUCGAGAAGAGUGGCCCUUUAAGGGUUCCAGUUGUUUUGUAUUCGAUUAGUUUUUUCCAAUCAAUUUUUUAUUGUCUUGACUGAGUAA